CAAGAAUUCGGCCGGUGUGAUUUAACCGGAACCGGCCUCAAUUAUCGUACGACAUGGCCUCACCGGUCAGUAGUAAGAACCCGCCUUGAAUCGCAGCCUUAAUACCUAAAAGACCCUUCUGAACAUUUGUUCGGUUCUUUUAUCACAUCUGCUUCAAGCGUGACGAGGAGGUUUACUAUCUCUUCUUGUUGGGUAUGAGCUGGCAUGAACCUAUUCUGGUGGCCGUGAGGUCCGCGAUCAGUCCCAGUGCCGACGCAACUUAAUUUCUCCUCCGAUAAUAUUGGAUUCGAUUCCUUUUCAACUCUUUACUCUUGGAUAUAUUUCACCAUGUCUGACGAAGACUAUUCAAAGUUGAAAGACAAGGUAGCUGCCUCAGGGCAGGGGAAGACGGAAGAACCAAAUAUCAAACAUUCGGAAAUUUCAAUUCGGCAACAAGAGCCGAAAAGCGGAGGUCCGGCAAUUAUCACGGAGAAAUCAGGAACUGUUCGCCCAGAUAGACAGUUUCCAGAGUACGCCAUGGUUAUCCGGGACAAAAUCAAUGCCAAAUACGAGCACCAAGGAACAUUUCUCGAAAUCCAAUCAUCGAUUAUGCAGGAAGCAAUUCGAAGCGCCUUUAGUGAACACUCACAACUCGAUGUUCGCGCGGACCCGAUCAUCUUUCAGAAGCCAUAUUAUCCAUUGUUUCAACGUCGAGACAAGAUCAAAAAGAUUGCGGAAGCCGCAUUAACAUCAAACGACGAAAUGCGAAAGACGCAUUUCAAAUGGUUGCUGAAAUUCAUGGACGAUAGUUUCCAGGAGCUGGAAAUCAUUCACAAGAGCCAGGUUGUGAAAGGUCUCAUUGAAUUUAAGCACGUCCAGAUGAUUUUUGCUAGUGGAGGCAUUUUGGUUGGAGAGGAAAAUGGACUUCAGGAAUGUGUAAUCUUACAUGAUAUCAGUGACAUUCUAGAAGAUAAACAGAAGGGCGGCAAUUACGUGAAACUCAGAGCUUUCAGAUGGCAAUACAACGGAACAAUGUUUGGUCCUUCGCUCAAAAAGAUCCGGUUGGAUGAGUUUUCAGCAGCCCGGCAGAUUACCGAGCUGGACUAUUACCCUAUUGAGGCUCUCUCGAAAGAAAAGAGGGAGAAGCUAUUCGAGACAUUGAUCGAACGCGGUAAGAAGUGGUGCGAGACUGUCGAGGUUAUAGAUGGCAAGCAUUACAAAUACAACGGUAAGUAAGAGUAUUUUCACGGCGCACAGAUCGACUCUAAUUUGUACUAUAGGCGUUGUUCAAGUCCCAAGAAGGAAUGUUAACAAGCCCUGGAAAAUAGAACUUGUUCCAAUACAUGUAGGUCAUUAAGUGACGUAUCUCUACUGGAGGGAUUAACGAUUUCCAGGUAUCCGGUCGCAUCGUGUUAAGUCAUG